AUAACAUCUCUACACACACAGAGGUCGGACAGUAAGUGAAGAACACUCUCAGUCUAACCCACAGGGACAGCGGAGGAUGACUCCUUACUUACCAGUGAUUCUGUGCCUUAGCACAGUGUUUCAUCUUACCACCUCCAAAACAAGAAGUAUUCGCUGGUGUGUAACUUCAGAUAGUGAAAACAACAAGUGUAAGGAACUGGGGAGAUCCUAUAAGAAUGCAGAUAUCCGGCUCAGCUGUGAGAAGAGAUCCAGCACUAUGGACUGUUUCCUCGCAAUUAAAGAUGGAGAGGCAGAUGCUAUUUCGGUGGACAGUGGUAAUGUGUAUAAAGCCUCCCUGCACCCAUACAACUUGAAACCAAUCAUGGCAGAAAGCUAUGGCUUACAAAAAGACACUUGCCAUUAUGCAGUGGCUGUGGUGAGAAAAUCAAGUUCAUUUAAGUUUAAUGAACUAAAGAACAAGAGAUCGUGCCAUACUGGAGUAGGACACAUCGCUGGCUGGUACACACCGCUGAGAGUUCUUCAUGAGAAGAAGCUAUUGAACUGGACUGGAGAUGAAGUUGAAAGAGCAGUCUCAAAGUUCUUCUCAGCAAGCUGUGUGCCGGGAGCCACUGAGCCAAGCCUGUGUAAGCAAUGUGCAGGGAGACGGAGUAAGAAGUGCAGUCUCAGUAGUGAUGAGCCAUACUACAGCUCUGAUGGAGCGUUCAAAUGUCUGAGAGACAACAAAGGAGACGUAGCAUUUGUGACGCACAUGUCCAUUCCAGCUGAGCUCAAAAAGAAUUUUCAGCUGUUGUGCCCAGACAAUACAAGGAAACCCAUUGACAAAUACCAGGAGUGCAAGUUGGCUAGAAUUCCCACCAAUGCUGUGGUGACGAGGAGUUCGGGUGACAAGACUACGGAUAUCACUGAAUUUUUACAGCAUGCUCAGAAUAAAGAAAUCAAAUUAUCCAGCUCCAAGUAUGGGAAGAAUCCGCUUUUCAAAAACUCUGCCGCAAGCUUAAUCCCCCUACCGUCUGCAAUGGAUGCUUUCCUGUAUCUAGGAGCGAGUCUUUAUAAAUCCAUUCAAGCAAUGUCUGUUACUACAGUGGAUAUCGUUCCAUCCAAGGAGACUCUGCGCUGGUGCACCCAAAGUAGGCAGGAGAAGAUAAAGUGUGAUAACUGGACACCGGUAACCGGCGGGACCAUUGAAUGUACUGAGGCCUCUUCGGCAGAUGAAUGUAUCCUGCAGAUAUUGAAAGGUGAAGCUGAUGCAGUGACACUGGAUGGAGGGUACAUGUAUACAGCGGGCCAAUGUGGGCUGGUCCCAGUACUUGGAGAGUACUAUAACCAAGAUGAUACAAAAUCAUGCAGAACCAGUGGAUCAAAAACACAGGGUACAUAUUAUGCUGUUGCCAUUGUGAAGAAAAUCAACAAGGAUAUCUCAUGGAACAGUCUUAAGGGGAAGACAUCAUGUCACACAGCUGUAGGGCGCACCGCUGGCUGGAAUAUUCCUGUUGGUCUUAUUAAUAAGAAAAACAACAAUUGUGAUAUUGGUUCGUACUUCAAUCAAAGCUGUGCUCCUGGCUCUGAUAUUAACUCUAACUUCUGCAAGCUAUGUAUUGGUGACCCCCAGAAAAGCCUGAUAAAUGCGAAAUGCUCUCCCAGUGAUGCAGAGGCUUAUUAUGGUUACUCCGGAGCUUUCAGGUGCUUGGUGGAGAGAGGAGACGUGGCUUUCGUGAAGCAUACCACUGUAUUUGAAAAUACAGAUGGCAAAAAUCCUGCAGAUUGGGCCAAGAAACUGAAAUCCAAUGAUUUUGAGUUGCUGUGUGUUGAUGGCUCUCGUGCCUCGGUCGGCGACUACAAGGCAUGCAACCUGGCUGAGGUCCCAGCACAUGCUGUUGUUAGUCGACUGGAGAAGCGGAACCAUGUUUUAAAGAUUGUUAAGAAACAGCAGUCACUGUUUGGGAGGAAUGGAACCCAGAGACACAAAUUUCAAAUGUUCGGCUCUAAGGAAGGCAAGGACCUACUCUUUAAGGAUUCUACGCAGUGUUUGCUUGAGAUUGAUCAGAAAAUUACUAUGGAAGACUACCUGGGAAAAACAUACUAUUCUGCUGUGUCCACUCUUAACAAGUGCUCAACAACAUCAGAACUGCUCUCUGCCUGUAUGUUCCACAGCUGCUAAGGAAAUCUGCAAUCAAGAGUUAUCCACUGACUGUUCAUUAUUUUGCGCUAUCCACAUCUUUUCUCCAACUAAGUCCUAGAUUUAUCCUAUCUAGAAAUGCCUCUCCUUUGUUCAAUAAAUGCUCAUGGCGUAAAUACAGAA